CACUUCUGAACGGGAGUGCACCCUCCUCACAGACCCAAUGGCCCACUCGUGCUGCUCCCCGUGCUGCCAGCCCACCUGCUGUCAGCCCAUUAGCUGCAGGACCACCUGCUGUGAGUCCAGCUGCUGCAAGCCCUGCUGCCCCCCAGCUUGCUGUCAAACCACCUGCUGCAGGACCACCUGCUGCAGACCUACUUGUGUGACCACCUGCUGCCAGCCCACCUGUUGCAGCAAACCCUGCUGUCAGCCCACCUGCUGUGAGACCAUCUGCUGCCAGCCCUCCUGCCCCCCAACUUGCUAUCAAACUAGUGAAACCACCUGCUGUAGGACCACCUGCCGCAAGCCUGCUUGUGUGACCACCUGCUGUCAGCCCACCUGCUGUGGGUCCAGCAGCUGUGGGCAAACCUUCAGUGGGUCCAGCUGCGGCCAGCCUUGCUGUCAGCCAGCCUGCUCCCUGCUGCCCCCCAACUGCUAUCAGGCUAGUGAAAACACCUGCUGUAGGACCACCUGCUGCAAACCCACCUGUGUGACCACCUGCUGUCAGCCCACCUGCGGUGGGUCCAGCUGCUGCCAGCCUUGCUGCCGCCCUGCCUGCUGUCAGACCACCUGCUGCAGGACCACUUGCCUCAAGCCUGUUUGUGUGACCACCUGUUGCCAGCCCACCUGCUGUGAGGCCAGCUGCUGCCAGCCCUCCUGCCCCCAAACUUGCUGUCAAACCACUGAAACUACCUGCUGCAAACCUACUUGUGUGACCACCUGCUGCCAGCCCACCUGCUGUGGAUCCAGCAGCUGUGGACAAACCUGCAGUGGGUCCAGGUGCUCUCAGUCUUGCUGCCAGCCAGCUUCCUGUGCACCCGUGUACUGCCACAGAACCUGCUACCACCCCACAUGCUGCUGCCUGCCUGGGUGCCAAGACCAGAGCUGUGGAUCCAGCUGCUGCCAGCCUUGCAGCCGCCCUGUCUGCUGUCAGACCACCUGCUUCAGGACCACCUGCUGCCGCCCUACCUGUGUGUCCAGCUGCUGCCAGCCUUCCUGCUGCUGAUCACCUUGCCAAGGAGCCACUGUCCCUAUACAACACCUUCUAUUAAUUGACUUGCUAUCUGGGGACAAACAAAAUCACUUAGACUUUGCUGACAACUGGCAUGCUCUACCAGAAUUUCAGUUACUCAUCUCCUUGCUUAAGAGCUUGUGAAUUAGCUUCCUCCAAUUGUCUUCCUCUGGUGUAGGAGGACCAUGUGCCAACUUCCUGCAUCUGUGAUAAGGAAGCAUGUCUUGGUUUUGACUCUGAAAAUAGGAUUGACCAUCUAGUUCUUCUGAGUAACUUAAGAAAACGAGAUCUCGGAAUGUUUCUAUAGGUUUAUGCAGCCUAUCAUAAUCUUUAUAAUCAUAUUUUCUCUUUUGCUAUCCUCAUAGUUCUUGUAUCAUGCUUUCUCCUUUUACGAUCACUUUGACGUUUACCCAUAUGUUUCUCAAUAAAUGGUGUACCACAA